AUGAGUUCGUUCCGCCCAGAGUGGUUGAUCGACGUGGUGCGAGGAUGUGUUGUCCCGUGCGACGAGCGCACCUCGCGAUUUCUCACCCUCUCCUACACCUGGGGCCGAACCAAGAACUUCCGGACGCUGAAGAGUAACCUCGGAGCGGUCAGGCAGCCUGGAGCCUUGUUCUCGGGCCCCAUCGCCUCCGAGGUGCCUCUGACCAUCCGCAACGCGAUUCGGCUCACAGAAGCCUUGGGCGAAACGAGGCUCUGGGUCGAUAGCCUGUGCAUUGUCCAGGACGACAGUUUGGCACUAGCCCAUGACCUCAGGCACAUGCACCGGAUCUUUGCAAGCUCUUUCUUGACCAUUAUCGCCAAGGACGGCCAGGACGCAGGGUACGGCCUCCGAGGACUGCGUGGGAUCUCUCCUCCGAGGGCCACGAAGCAGCACGUCGUACCCUUGGCGGGGGGUGAGAGGCUGGCGACGAUGAACAACUCCGAACCCGGUAAAGAACCUGAAGUCUACGACUACGACCAGCGCAUGUGGACAUUUCAGGAAAAGAUGUUUGCCAAGAGACAGCUCAUCUUUGCAAACGGUUCCGUAAUAUGGCAGUGCAACUGCGUGCAGUGGUCCGAACACGUCACGUCCCAUGCGGAGGCGGACCGACGCGGCCAAAUGAUGCAAGAUGAAGAGCUUUCGAUGAGUGUGCCAAGCCUCUCUUUGAAUAGUCUGGUCGUGGACUUCAACCGUCGGAACCUGACCUUUGACGGAGACGUGUCCGCCGCAUUCUCUGGAAUCAGCACGUAUCUGGAACGAAGAUUUCCCUACGGUUUCAUAGCCGGGCACCCCGAGUUCUUUUUCGACAUCUCGUUGCUCUGGCAUUCGAGUGGGAGGCUUCGCCGGAGGCGCCCGCUUGGGGAAUCUUCGGAGGAGCCGCCUAUGACAACAGGACCGCCUAGUUGGUCAUGGAUGGGGUGGCAGGGCGUGACCUACUUCCCUCAUGAUCUCGAAUACGAGUAUUCAUUAUCGGGGCCCACGGGAUUCACCGCGCCACUUACAGAGUGGUUCAUCUUGGAAACACCAUCUUCGGCGGCAAGGCGACAGAUCAACUCCAGAUGGCAUCAGUACAAGAAGGCGUCGCCCUCUCGGUUAUUGGAGGGCUGGAAGGCUACGGAGUUUGUACCACCUCCAACAUGGGAUGCAUUCAAUGUCUUGAACAACGAGCUCAUACCUACGGGCACGCCGAGGCAUAUCCCUAAAACCUUCUACACACAUGUGUCUGAGCCCCAGCCCCAGAGAUUGAAGAAAUUCUGGUACCAGGUGCCAACUGUGGACGUCGGUACAUUGCAGAGCCAGGGAACUGAGCCUCACAGACACUUCCAGUACACAUGCUGUAAGACCAGUCGGGCAUUUAUCAAAGCCAGUUAUGACGCGGACUGGGAGUCCUGUCGCAACGUUAACAUUUCCUACCUCCAGGACAACUCGGGCGCCACUGUCGGCAUCUUAAAGCUCCCUCACAGCGUCGAUGUUGCCUCGCAACAAGAGCCAAAAGUUGAGCUGGUGGCCAUAGUCAAAGGCUGGUCGUCGCUUUUGGACGAGUUUUCAGAAAAGAACAAGACAACAGCGCUCAGGAAUCGAUCACAAGAGGACAUCCAGCUCACUGCGGAAGAGGAAGAGGCAGAAAGGAAGUUGAUGGCUUUAUCUAGAGGCGACAGACACAAAUCUUGGCAGGAGAAAUGGGACAUUCAUGACAAGCUGAAACUAGACUGUUGCUUCGUUCUGUGGGUUGAAUGGAAGGACGGCGUGGCGUACAGAAAGGGAUCAGGUAUGGUGCUGGCGGACAGGUGGGACGAACUCAAGGAGGCUGAAGAGGUUGAUCUAAUCCUAGGUUGA